UUUUAUUCAAUAAAAAAAGCGAGUUUGCCUCCUGGAUGUUUGGCAUGCCUGUGACAUUUGAGCAUUUGAGUCCCAUCUAUUUUUGUCACAGCUUCUGCUUGAGGGUUGGACUCUUUGUCAGACACUACUUCUGGUUUUGACAUGGUUGUAUAGAACAGACUGGCUUGCUGGAUUAUUCAGUCACUGUCCUCAUGGACCUGUAUGAGAUCAGAGGAGGCAGACUGGAUGUGAUUGCAGAGGAAGGUGAGCCGAGCAGAGAGUCGACCACCAUGGAGACGUAUAACGUGGUGGCAGGCAGUGGAGGGAGGACCGCCCGAGAUGUUUCCACCUUCCAAAGGUUCUCCGUCGGCACCAAUGAAUCCCUUCGCUUUGAGCCCUGUGAGGACAGCACUCCAUCUCCCACCGGAGCAGAAGAUGGAUGUGGUGAUGAUGAUGAUGUGUUUAAGGAGGAAGACACUGAGAGUGACAUCAACUCGAUCAGGAAUCGGCUGCAGGGGAAGGUUGUGGAGAUGGAGAACUUUGCGGGUCAUCUGGAGGAAAUCUUUCUCACUGUGGAGGAGAAUUUUGGCCGUCAGGAGCAGCACUUGGAGCAGCACUACAACGACGUUUUGCAGACGCUCUCUCAGAGAUAUGACGAGAGGACAGCGGCACUGGAGGAGGAGAAGAAGAGCAAGUUGGAGGCUCUGUACAACCAGCUGCUGGCUUGUGGUCGGGCGCUGGAUUCCUCCAAGGAGCUCAUUGAGUCGGCUCAGGAGGUCUACCGCAGCCAGGACAAGAGGCUUUUCCUCAAGACAGUUAUGCCCACUAUUAAGAGGAUCGAGGAGUACGCCAUAGAGGACGUUGACCUCACGUUGGCAACGCAUCUUGAAUUUAACACGCCACUCGCCGACCUGUCAGAUGUCAAAACCAUGAUGGACUCCAUCAAUGUCGUUCCAGCUCCAUCUGCCCCAGUAAUCAACCCCCAGAUGCCCAACUCUGCCACCCAGACGUCCCUGCGUGUUUGCUGGAGCUUGUUCUCUGAUGACACGGUUGAGUACUAUGAGCUUUACUACAGACCGGUGCUGGAGGACACGCCGGCAGACAGCACCUGUGCACCACACGAAAGCAAGGUAAAAGUGAAGGAGACCCACUGCACUGUGGCAGAUCUGCUGCCCAACGCUCAGUAUGAGCUCUGGGUGACGGCGACCAACACCACCGGCAUCAGCCCGGCCAGCGAGAAGGCCUUAUACAUGACAGUGCCGUCUCCUCCGGUGAUCAAGCAGAGGGAGUGUACGAGCUGCCCAGAGGCCGCUCUGAUCCGCUGGGACUCAGGAAACACCAACCCUGUGGACUCGUACACCGUGGAGCUCAGUGAGACGGGGACCAAUGGCACAGAGAGCAGCAUCACCGAGUCUAUCGUAGCUGUCCCCACCUGUCAGUGUCUGAUCCAGCUGCAGGCAGGACGACGUUACCUCAUCUCUGUGAGAGCGGUAAACAUUGGCGGGCCCAGCGACAGGAGUGAAGUCAUUACUGUCUCCACAACAGGUACAUUCUUCCACCUCCUGGAGGACACCGCUCAUCCCUGCCUGUCGAUCUCCGAGGACGGCUUCACCAUCUUCUAUGGAGAUGAAGAACUGCCUAUAAGUGCUAUGGCCUUAGAUGACAACACUUUCUUUACUAGAUGUGUAGCUGUUCUGGGGGAUCUGAUACCAGUACGAGGAAGGCACUACUGGGAGGUCGAGGUGGACGAUGGGACGGAGUUUCGCAUCGGCGUUGCAUACGAGGACAUGGAGAGGAACACCUACCUCGGGGCCAACAGCAGCUCCUGGUGUAUGAGACACAUCCUCAGUCCAACCAGGCAUAAAUAUGAGUUCCUGCACAACGGUUGGAGUCCUGACUUGAGGAUUACAGUGAACCCGUUGCGGAUCGGAGUGGCACUCGACUACGACAGGGGUACUCUGUCCUUCUUUAAUGUGAACCUGGAGCAACACCUGCACACCUUCCACUGUAACUUCCAAAAUCACAUCCAACCCUGCUUUAGUCUGGACAACCCAGGAGCUCUUACUGUGCACAACGGCAUAGAAGCUCCUGAGUACGCGUUCAUGUGACACCACAACUCACCUCUAUUGCAGUAUUUACAUAAAAUAAAACCUACAGCAAGUAGGACAUUAAAUGGAUGUUUUAAUACUUACCAAAAUGCUGGAUGACAUCCCAGAUAUUAAAAACCUGAGCAUUGUGAGCACCCAUAUUUAUCCCAAAAAAAAAAAAUGCAGCACCUUCACCGAAAAAAUAAGUUAGUUUCAGUUGUUUUUAUUAUAGUAUUCCAUGGGAACAGGCAUACACCAUUUUCCAAGAUAAGAAAAGGUUUCACUGAAUUGUACAAUAUGUAUUUAAACUGCAUCAGUCCAGUUGUUGGAGUUCAAAAGGGGAAAUAAGGGGCGCGAUUUUGAUUAACAAAAACUGCAUUGAAAAAAAAAAGUAUCUCAAGAAAAACAAAAUUAAUUUGUAGUUAUUAUACAAUUGUAUUCAGAUGUUUAAAAAGGAAAAGUCCACCCUGAAUACUUCCACACUGUUCAAAGUGGCUACUGAUGUGCUGUACUUUUCUGGAUCUGUUUUGUUGAAUGGUUAUUGUUAACAGAUUUUUUUCUGAUAUUGGGAAGUGCACAAUUUAGAGUCAAAGUAAAUAAAAAGAAAAGAAAAAGAGACAGGUUUUUCUCAAGACAGAAAUAAUAUCAGGGAGAUCAACAUUGUGGAAUAGAUGAGAAUUUUUUUAGAAUUUCCAAAUGACACAUGGCCCCAACAAGUGUUGCAUUUUAAGUCAUGUGACUACAAACAAAAAAGCACAACAGCAUUGAACCAGUUGGCAUCUAUAUUUCUAUAUUUACAUUUAUUAAAUGGGUGGGAAUAAAUUUAAAUGUGCUCACCCUCGACUAAAACCAACACACACCUUGUGUCGGGGGUUAAAGAAAGGUUUUCUGCAAGAUGCAUUAAAAAAACGAACUAAAACAUAGUCAUAUAGAGAAAAAACUACAAAAGGGACAAGAAAAUAAAAACAUAUUUUUCCAAUGAAGCUACAAAAACUGGUCACAAUUCAACAACCAUACGAGUAUUUUUUAUUUUUUGCAUGGUCAGACUGCUUAUUAAACAUGUACUUUAAGACCGUCAACCUGCAUUUUUUGUAUCUUUGCUGUCUUUAAAGUGUUUAAAUAGAUGUCAACACUUGAAGUGUUACCAGAGAUUUCAAAGAAGUGACCCUAACAGCCACAUAGAGAUGGAUAAAAAAAAUCAUAUCAGCUUGGAAGAAAAAAAAAAAAACAAAGAGUCAAAACACUGAAUAUUUCAUUUGAAAGCAUGUCAGUCAAAAUAUAUUUGUUUUUUUGUAGUAAAUAGCGUAAAACAUGCCAAAACAGUGUAUGGUAAUACGAGGGUGGACUUUUCCCUCUACGUGGUGUAAGUUUGAGAACUGUGUUGAUACACUGAACAUAGACUUUGGGUCUGUGAGUAUCCUGGACAGUGGGGAUGGGGCAGGGCAGAGGUUAUGAGUUAUCGGUCUUACUGCUGUGUGUCCUCUCCUCCUCUUCAUCAUCGGAGGAAUCUCCUCCAUACGGCACUAGUCCUGAUGAAUCUUCAUCCACUUUAGCCUUCUUCUCCCACACCUCCUCUUGAACAUCUGUAAGGGCAGAAGAAAAAUGGAGAGACAGAGAAAAGUAGAAAGAAAGAGAAGGGGGAGACAGAAGGCAAAGAGAGAAAGGGAGAGACAAAGCAAGAAAAAAACAAAAAAAGGAAACCCAUUGAGGAGCCCCAUAUUAGCGAUGGUUUUUCAGUUCGUUUGAUCCGCAGCCAGGGGAGGGAAGAUAUCAAAUGAAACGGCAGCAGAGCACACAUCCAUAACAGGCAGGUCCGGGGACACAUGUUGAGAGAGAAAACAAGGGAAAGACAAAAAACAUAUACAAGAAAAGCAUGUUAGUGAGUUCUACCAGUGGAGGGAUUCACACAGGUCUCCACUCCUCCCCCAUUGCUCCAUGGGGGGAGAUGCCAUCACAUGCAACAGACAACUCCACAGAAGAAAUGUCUGAGUACUCAGGCUCUCAGAAUACCAGGAAAUAAAGGAACGCAUACCCAUUGAUGCGACGCUGCUGGACAGAGGAGCGGGAUCGUCUGUCACUGCAUCCCUCGGCCUUUUGCGUGCAACAAGGGCAGGAGCCACGAAGGGAGGCGGCGGUGGAGGCAUCAGAAUCCUGUGGAGAUAAAAACAUUAAUAUCUACACUACACAGGAUUCAUGAGGAAUAACAUGAAAGGGAAAUAAGAUCCACCAUCAGACCUUUCUACUACUUUCUCCUCUCCGACGCUGGAUGGAGGAGGAGUGGACUCCUGAUGAGCAGGACCCUCUGGCGAGCUGCUGGUCGGCUGAACAGAGAAAGACAAGAGCAUUGUGGACAUUUUAAAACAUCAACAUGUAAAGCAAAGGUUUGCCCCAAAGGAAACUACUUUUAGCAUGAGAAAAUCUUACAUAAUGCUUAAGGCGUGUUAUUUUUAUUUUCAGCUAGGCUUGCAACAAGAAGUCUGUGUUUAGUUGUUAGCUAACAGUGUCCUCUGGCAUGCAUGGGGAACCUCAUCAAUAUUAAAAUCACAAUCAGAAAUCGUUUUAUUGCCAAGUAGGUUUUCACAUACAAGGAAUUUGACUCAAACAGUAAACACUUAGGGACUGUGCAAGAACCCCUUGAUUGUUGUGCAAGAAUGUGCAAAUGAACUGCCUUAGAAUGUUACACUGUAAAGUAAACAACUUGAAAUGUGAAAAAGGAUAACAAUAAACCUAUUUAAAAGAUUGUGUUAAUGUAA